UUCAGGGGACAACGAAGGGUACACCAAGCAGGGUCGAGGCACCACCCACUCGUAUACGGUAGAGUCUCAGAUACAGUGUGUUUCACUACGCGGUGCGUGUAUCUCCCGCAAACGACUGAGGGAAGCGUACUGAUGGUGAGGCUACUGGAGGAGGUAAUGGAGGACCCGGAGGUGCUCCGUGAUGUACGUGACAACCCCACCACCUUCAGGUUCAAGGAGGGGGCCCUGAUGACAGUGACCACAGUCCACCGUCCUCCUCACGUCACCUUGAUAAACCACCAAGACGGCACUUACUCUAUCACAGGACCCCUCGCUCAACUCAUGGACACAGUCGCUACCUCACUUAAUUUUACGUACAGGGUGGUGACGCCCCCUGAUGGCACCUUCGGCACAGCUACGCCCAACAGUUCCUGGUCCGGUAUGAUUGGACAGGUGACCAGGAAGGAGGCGAUGAUCGCCCUGGCUCCCUACGCCACAACCUGGGAGAGAUACCAGGCUGUGGACUACCUUCACCACAUCACUCACGACUAUGCAAGUAUGCUGAACGGCAAGGGUCGUCCGGAGAUCAAUCCGUGGGGCUUUGUGUUUCCCCUGCAACCCCUGGUGUGGGCGGCACUGUUGGCAGCACUGGUGGUGGCCUGGUUGGCGAUAGUGUUGAUGGGUACCAAACCUGUGGGCUCUGGCCACCUCACCCGGUCUACCCACCUCCUCUUCCAGUACCUCAGAGUCCUUCUUCAGCAGAACGCGAGGUUGGACAUGGUAGGAGGGCGGGAGAGGGUGCUGGUGGGUGGAUGGCUGGUGGUCGCUAUGAUGGUCAUGUGGAGCUACUCGGGUAACCUGGUGUCCCUCCUGGCGGUGCGUCACAUCCCUCAGCCCAUCCAGAAGAUGAGGGACGUGGCCGACGACUCCAGCCAAAACAUCAUUAUCGAACCCAAGACCAUCAUGACUCACACCUUCUCCAUAGUGAAAACAGGAGACGUUGGGUCGCUGGCCGCUUUGGGUGACGUGGGGAGGAUCAAGUACGUGGUGUCUUCAGAGCUCCAGUGCGCUGCGGAGACCAUGGUGAGCGACGGACACCACGCCCUUAUCACCUGCAAACUCUGCCUCAUUAAGAUCAUUUCUGAUCUCUUCUACAAGACAGGUCAGUGUAACUACUACAUCUCUGAGGAGGACGUCUUUCACACGCCCCAAAAUAUGGUGGGCCGGAAGGGACACCCUAUCAUAGCUGCUAUUAACCGUAGGAUCCAGGCACUGGUGGAGUCUGGGUUGUACGAACACUGGCUGGACAAUAACAUUCCUUUCUACAGGACGUGUCGCCGCUCCCCCUCCACCAUCACCGUCCAGGAGCCUCUAGCUAUCGUCAAUCUCUGGGGGAUGAUGGUGUUGCUGGGGGCAGGGCAGCUGCUCGCUCUCUUCGCUUUCUGUGUGGAAAUCGAAGUCGGCAGACACGUCAACGAAGAGGAAUCAUGAGGCCACCAUACAUCUUGACCUGGAACACGAUGGGUUAAACUCAGAACAUGACAACAACACUAACUCAGAAUACUUCCAUAAUGCUGUGUGUUCUUAAUUAUAAAAAAGAUAAAGACGAGGCUUCCUUGACAUAUUAUUUCAUCACUUAUGGUGGUUUUGUCAAUAAUGUACAAGAUAUUCCAGAGAGGAGUUAAAGUUAUCAUAUCAUUUCUUCUCACUAUUCACACAGAUCAAUGCACUUUUGUGGGAAUAACUCAUCAAACCUACAUAGCUGGACAAUAUAUUCGUCCAACGUGAUAAGUAACACAGUUCAUGAUAAUACUUUACAUUAAUUCCCACAAGAGUUCUUGUCUUGCGUGGCAGAGGAAACACUCCGAAAAAAUCAAUAAUUCCCCAAAAACCGUAAAUUCACAAAAUCUGGAAAAUCGUAAAAAAAUUAACUUAGUGAACAGUGAACUUUAGUUAUUUGAAAAAGUUCGUUAUUUUUGUAGCGAUAUUUCCGUACUUAUUGUCCGACGACAUAUUUACAUAAAAGGUUUAUAAAUAAAUCACAUAAUCCGUCUGAAUUAAAAGAUUAAGACCUGACCAUGAUACUAUAAACACUGCUACAUAAAUGUGUAAUUUAUAUACUGUACAUUUCACAGAACAAAACUUACAAUAAGGAUUCUUAAGUCGUGUAACCUACCUGUCAUAUUCUAAACUACAGGUAUUUCCAGGUAAUGCAAUUAGUCGUAUGCACCCUGUAGUCACUUUAUAGUCAAUGCACCGGUGGGAGAGUCAAUUUAUGUCUUGUGUAAAGUAAAAUAAAUCCUGUAUCUUACUCCACCACUGCCAUCAUUUAUUUAUAUUUGCAAUCAUUGAAAAAUAUACUUCUUCAAAUUAU